AUGGACUCCUUGGUAGACCACGCGCAAUCUGCCUUCCUUAAAGGGAGGUGUAUUCUGGAUAACAUUGCUAUGGCCGAGGAGACUAUCUUCAGCAUUCAUAAACGAAGAUUGAUGGGUCAUAUUCUCAAGGUGGACUUUGCUAAAGCUUUUGAUUCGGUUGAUUGGGACUUCCUGUUGGAACUCCUAAAGGCCAGGGGUUUUGGACACAAGUGGCUAGGUUGGAUCUCUUCGAUUCUCUGUUCUUCGAAGGCAACGAUCUUGGUCAAUGGUUCCCCUAGUGGAUAUGUGAGGUAUCAAAGAGGUUUGAGACAAGGUGAUCCACUAUCGCCGCUGCUUUUUGUGCUGGUCUCAGAUGUGUUGUGCACUAUGUUUGAUAAUGCGCUGAAUUCUAAAAUUCUGAUUAGUGUCCCACUGGGGGAGCAUGGUCGCAUUUGUAAUCUGCAGUAUGCGGAUGAUCUCCUGGCAAUGACCGUGGGAGGGGCUGAGGAUCUUAGAGUGAUUAAGCUUAUCCUUAUGAUCUUUGAAGGGCUUUCCGGUCUGGUUACUAAUUUCUCCAAGACGUGUCUCUAUACCACCAACUUGCAUCAACUUCCUAAAGAUAGUGAGGCCAAAACGGUUAAUUGUGAGGUGGGUUUGCUUCCUGUUACCUACCUGGGUAUUCCCAUCUCGGGUAGGAGACCUCGUAAACAGGAUUGCGAGAGUUUGAUUGCCAAAGUCAGAGGAAGAUUAUCUUCCUGGAAAUCUUCCUACUUGUCGAUUGGUGGUCGGCUCACUCUUGUCAACUCGGUGUUAACAGCGUUACCGACGUACUGGAUGUCUUUGUAUAGGUUACCUAUGUGGGUAAUCAAGGCAAUUGACAGGAUUAGAAGAGAUUUCCUUUGGUCUGGUCCUGAUGUUGAUCAUCCUGGAUGUAGACUGGUGGCUUGGAGGAAUAUUUGUCGUGCGAAGGAACAAGGUGGGUGGAGGAUUUUAGAGCUUUCUACCUUUAAUCUAGCGUUACUGGGGAAGUGGAGAUGGAAGAUGUUGGCUGACUCGCAUUGGGGGGGCAGGAAGAUUAUUUGCUUCAAUUACAAUGUUCCUAAGUGGGACUUGUUCAGGGUCCCGAAUGGGAGAGUCUCGUUCUUUUGGUCCGGCGUCUCCAGUUGUCUCCCCGCGUUUAGGGGAUGUGUCUCUGUGCAGGUUAAAUCGGGUUCGGAAUCGCUAUUCUGGAAGGACCGCUGGCUCAAUGGGUUGGCACUUAUGAACAUAUGGCCAAAUGAUUUCCUUGUGUCUACUAGACCUCACGGAACGGUGCGAGAGUUGGCGAUGUUACUGGAGAGGCCGCCGUUCGUGUCUGAUCCGGAUGUUAUGCAUAUUCUUUCUUGUCUAAACUUGGAGUCAAGGAGGGAUUGUGAUCGAAAGGUUUGGGGUUUAACUGCCAAUGGUUCCUUCUCGGUCAAGUCUUUCUACGGGCUCUUGAAUGAGGGAGGUCUUAGAUGCCCCAUUGCUCACACCUUUUGGAAAGGUCCCUGCCCUAAGAAGGUUAAUAUUUUUAACUGGCUAGCUUGGAAGAACAAAAUUCUUUCUCUUGAAAAUCUGGCCAAGCGAUGCUGUAAUAGGCUGCCGACUGACACAUGUGUGCUCUGCCAUGCUGAUGUCGAAUCGGUGGAUCAUCUUUUCUUAAUGUGUCAAUUCUCACGGGAGGUUUGGUCGUCCCUCUGCCGAUUCCUUCAGUUCCCUGCGCUUCCACGGUCGAUGGAUCAAUUGUGGGGAGUCUGGAGGUCGGCUGUACGGCCAGCGGCUCGGGUGUUUGGUGAUUUGUUUGUUAAAGCCUAUGUGUGGUCGAUUUGGUUCACGCGGAAUGAUUAUAUCUUUGCUGCUAAAUGUGAUAGUCCUCUUGUUGUUUCGAUGAAGACUGCUCAUAUGUUGUUAUCUUGGUACUCUGCAGCUUCUGUUGGGGUUAGAGAGAAGAUUGCUGAGCCCAUCUCCUCUAUCAGGCGCAGCUUAGAGUUUGUAGGACCUCGCUCUGAGGGGGAAGGCGCCCCCAUGCUUGAGGUUGACCAGACCGGUGGGGAGGAGUAG